GGAAAAUUUAAACGUAAGACCAUUGAAGAAGUAUUUGUUUCUGAUCCUGGUUAUUGCCGCUGGCAUAAGAACCAACCAAAUUUACUAAAUGAUACCAUGCUUAAGUUUCUUGAAUCAAAGCUAACCGAUGAUUAUGUUAUGAAUUUUGGUAAGUACAAAAACAGAAAACUUAAAACGGUUCAUGCCCUUGACCCUAAUUAUACUAACUGGCUUCGUAAAAAUGAAUUUGUUUUUGAGAAAUGUCCGCGUUUAGUGAAAGAACUUCGUGAGCUUCACUAA